AUGGACUCUCUCCCUCUGGAGAUCUACCAACAGAUCCUCGGAUACGUGAUAGAAGCCGAGCCCAUCGAUCAUGUUGUCAACACAAGGCUGGUGAACUACCGCUGGCAGGACUCCAUCACAAGCCUCCUGAUCCGCAGCACACGCCUAGAAACCGAGCUUGGCAUCAACAGUCCAGAAACAAGAGAUGUCCGCAACGACAGAUGGCAGCACUUCCCUCUCCGAUUCAAGAUGCUCUUCAUGUGGAACAAGGUAAACCGGCACUCCAGAUCACCGACGACCUUCUCCGUCUGGGUUGAGAACAUGCUAGAGUCUCGAGGCAUUGACGAUUCAGACCCCCAUUUCCGAGAAGACGUUAUCCAGCAACUGAUCGGCGGGGCUGCAGUCGGGAACUUGAUACCGGUUGAAGUGUUUAGGGCUGCGCAGAGCCUUUCUGCGGAUGAGGGCACGCGGGUUCCUGAUUUGCUUAUGUAUUCGUGGGAGCCGCUGGAGGAGACAUACUGGAUUCUGGUUGCUGCGAACGCGAUGAGUAUGGGGGAUGCGGAGGCGCUGGAUUAUUUCCUUACCCAUGGAUAUGACAUGACGGCGCUGAGUAUGCGAUUCCGUGUUUGGAUCAUGAAGGGCAAUGGGUCGGUGGUCAACGAGGAGGUCGUUCGUGUCCUGGAGAAGCAUUCCGCACCGUUCAUCUUUGAAGGGAUGAGCUUCAGGAUUGACAGGCAGUAUCUGUUCAGGGCCAUUGAGCUAGGACAGCCGGGGCCUCUGAAUGGGCUUUUGGAUCAUUUGAAGAGGUGUUUUAGGCGUGCGAUGGGUCUAUUGGUUAACGCGGGCAUAUUGUAUGCGAGGGCGAUAGGGAAGAAUGACCUGGCGACGGCUCUUGAGAUUCGGCAGAUCAACGACGCGCUGGAAGAGUUUCCCUACUUGAGUAGCUUGGAGUGGAUGGACGCGAGGACUAAAUGCAUUUCCCUUGAUUCGCUGUUUGAGACUUGA